ACUACCUUGUCCUGCUGUCGUCAGUAAUAUUAAUCUUUUAUAUAAUUGAUCCAUAAAUGGGUUUUAGACCAAAUUAAUUUUUAUAUGAUAUUCGUUCCUUUGAUAAUAUGUUCAGUAACUCUGGAUAGUUAAAGGACGCUUUUUUUUCCUCUGUUAUGGACCCUCCAAACCAGGUCAAUGUCAUGCACCUUCAGGACACUCAUUCAUCCGCUCUGGAUCUGUCAGUGGGUUGCAGACAGGGUCCUUUAAAGACAAACAACAUGGAGGCUUUGAACUUGGUCAGGAAGCCCAACUGGUGUGGCAUUACCUCAGGGAACAAGGCUGUUAACAUGUCAGAGUCGCGAUCAGGUAGGUACAUCACUCAGCCUUGCCAACCGAAUCCACAUGCUCAUCCAGAACCAGCAACAAAGCAUUAUGGGACAAGGGCUUGUGGCAUGUCCUCCCAUGGCCCCUACUCUGUACCUUUACCCCUGAUCAAUGGACUGCCAUCUGUGGCUCAGAUACUGUCUCAGUGCCCACCUGCAGGCCUCAUGUUUGACGAUGAUUACCAUGUGGAAAUAGACGACGUGCUGAGACGAACGAAAAAACAUAACAAAGCAGAUUCCUUGUUGGAAAACAGAACAUUAGGAGAUAGGAUAGCACACAAUGGAUUAGAGACACAUUAUUUGAGUGACUCCCUGUUGGUCAUGUCACAAACUAAGGGCUCAGCCGGUUUACAUCAGGAUGCCAAUGCUGCUGCAAACACACUAUGUUCCACCAGUUCUGCAGCUGCGCAAACUGUAGUGGAAACUCUUGCAUCAGGAUGUACUGACGGCAACGAAACAUCUCCAUGCUCCGACGAAUACAUCUCUAGUGACGAUGAGAGUGACAUUGUUGAGGUGCCGACAACCAACUCCAAAUGCAAGACACCACAUUGUCGCUCCCAAACUAGGAGUGUUAUAGUUCAUGGGAAGUUCAAUGAAGCAGGAAGUUCUUCCUCCGCAAGGCAGGAAGUUGGCUGGGAUAGUCAAAUGGGCCCCUCUCUCGAAAAUGUGGAUAAUUUCCAUGUCCUAGAUGAACCUUCUUUUGAAGCCCAUGAUGUUAGUAAUGAUUCUAAAUCCAAAUCCUUGCUGUCAUGGAUGGAAUCUGUCUCAAUACCACUUAUUCCGCAAGACAGCGAUCAAGACACAAAUUCUGCUUUUCCUAGAAUCCUCCCAUCUACCUCAGAUGCAGACAACACAAGCGCCUUGAAGUCUAGACCAAGUGGGACAUUGUGUCUAAUGCCCAGCCAUCCACAGAAGACUCCAGCCUCAAAGUGCAGAAAACGAACCAAACCGAGGGCCAAAACGAGGACCCCAAGGAAGCGGGUGAGAGCUUCACCAAGGAGCAAAUCGAAAGCAAGCACAACCAAGAGAAGACGCAGAAAACCUUGGCCAUCUGGGGUUGGGUCAUCCAUGUUUUCUCCUCCAGAGCCGGAGAUCAACCUAAGAUAUGUACACCACAAAGACUACAAGAAAGAUGUCAAAUCAGACAGCUUUGCCCCAUACAUUCACAUGGAGUUCUCAUCCUGCACCAUCAUGAACUUUAAGGAAGAGGAUGAUGUUGUGAUGAAGAAAGGGUCACAGCAUCAGACAGUGUCUGGUGUUAUCCCAAAGACAUCGUGCUUGCUAUUGGGCCGCGUUGGGUCCAAUGCCAGGUUUCAGGUCAAGCAGUUCUGUUGCUUGUGUGGAAGGACUGCAAGUGGUGAAGGUCUCGGGGACUUGCAUGGACCAUACCACCCUAAUAAAGCUCAGCCUGUCUGGAAGAGUGACAGUAGCCCACCUGCCCAGAGGCAAGACUGCAGUGACUUGGACUCCGUCUACAGUUUGGAAGAUGUUGGAAGCCAGUCCAUUAAAGAUCGAUUUGAAAUUGGCGCUAAACGGCAGAGGAAAGAGAACUGUGUGGAGAGGGUUGAGGAUUCUGGUGUCUGUAGUGAACGCUGGAUACAUGAGGAUUGUAGCAUUUGGACGGCAGGCGUCUUUUUAGUUAAAGGGAGACUCUACGGAUUGGAGGAAGCCAUCUGGCUUGCACAAGAAACGGUGUGCUCGUACUGUCACAGAGUUGGUGCCACUUUGGGAUGUUUUUUCAAAGACUGCCCCAAUAAAUACCACUUUCCCUGUGCCCUGCAGUCAGACAGUUCGCUCAAUGAGGAGAACUUCACAAUAAGGUGCCCAAAGCACAAGAAUAAAGUAUCCAGAAUGAGUGUUAGCAGGCUGAAGAACAGAUGACGGUAGAAUUCAUAUGGCAUCUGGCAGUGGAGUUGAUCGCUUAUGUGUUUACAGAUUUCUCCAUUUGGUGUAUUUGAGUGUUUACAUUUCCUCUCAGGCAGAUAAUUGUUCAGAGCUGGAUGGGCUGUUUGUGUACUGUCCACAGCCACUGCCUUUUAGCUGUCAGAUACGAGUAGUACCCUCUGACAAUGCUGGAUGAAAUUCAUUGCAUUCCUCUCAGCACUUAAUAACCACUUCUGUUUUUUAAAAUUAUUAAUUAUUUCCUCUUCACAGAAGUUUACAGAAAGAUCAAUAUCUCCUUUAUCUGCUUCACGUUUAAUCACAUAAAACCCUUUUACAAAUUUGCACAGAAUUAAAUGGCUUCACCUGACCAGCAGUGUUGACGCAUAAGUUAAUAAGAGUGUUAUUUAUGUAUAGACAAACACAGCGGAAGAGCUUUCUCCUUCAUUUUCACUCAUUCAUGUACUCCAGCAAGUCAUUUUUAAUUAAAGAAAUAGUUCACUCAAAACUGAACAUUCUGUACUUUUCUCACCUUCAUCUAUCUUUCUUCUGUGGAACACAAAAUGAGUUGUUGAAGAAUAAAAUAAUUUUCAUUUUUGGAACUACCCUUUCAAAUAUUUAAUACAAACUGUCCUUUCUGAAACAAAGGUCUCCUUAUGACAUACAGUAGGACUAAAAUGCUGGUAUGGAACAGUAUGCACUAUUAUGUGAACAUAUUUAUUUCUAUUUAUGUUUAAUGCAUAUGUGUAUAUUUAUGAAUGAACGGCCUCCUUCGAGAAGACCGAGUGUGUUUUAGCACCUUGUAUAAAUGCCUUGAAGUUUUCAUUUGAUGUUGUUGAUGAGGUAAAUAUGGAUCUGAUUUCAGUUUUCAAUUUUAAUCUGUGGCCUGAGAAUCAAGUAGUCACCAUGUCUGUAGGAUUCACCAUUUCACAUGCUGCCUUGUGCUGUCUCAAGUUCUUUUUUUAAUAAAUGUUUUUACUUUACA